CCCAUCUCCCACCCAGCCUUGUCCACUUCCCAACCAUCCGAAUAUUGCUAAUUGAUAUGUAUGUAUAAUAAAAGGCGAUGCUUGCCAUGGUAGGUUCAAAUUCUCUUUUUCAUCUUGCAGAUCAUUCCUUUCCACCAAGCUAGGCUGUAAGGUGCAAUAACUCGCGGCCCUCAACUAGUACAAGCAAAACCCCCCUUGAGGCGUUGUCCAAGAUGCAUCUAAACCUGUCGAUCUCCUUUCUCUUUAUCCUAUCCCUAUUUGAUUCAUCUACAGCAUUGCCUUUCCUUAUACAGAGAAGGCAACCAACCCAGUCAUUGGUCGCUCGCGCUACAUAUUCUGUAGUCCCGAUUGAUGGGAAUGGUUCAGGUUCAGGUUCAACUAAGACUCCUGGCACAAUUGAGACAAUCGUUGUAACUCCUACCCCGAGUACGAGAACAAUUGUCCAGACUUCUCCACCGGUUACCAACACGAUAGUGAUUACCGCUAGUCCCGCGACCCAGACUGUUGCUACUACAGUCUCUAUUAUAGACAUUCAACCCACAACUGACGUUGUAACCACCACUGUGACUGAAGACGACCAUGUAUCAUCUUCAACUGCGGCUUAUCCGAGUACAGAGUCUACUACAGCAACAGCAACAUCAUCAUCUGUAUCUACCAUCUCGUCAACCAUACCCCCGGCGCCGCCAAGUACGGUAAUCAUAUCAGUCCUGCCAACGACUUUCGCUAGCACCUCUUCCCCGACGGCAUGGACGACAUCCAUACCAGUGUCCAGUUGGGUGUGGAGCUCAAGUACUUCUCACGAUGAUGGUUCGUGGCAUACAUCUUACCCUCCUUGGAAUGGGACUGUGAGCCGUCGAUUUGCUCGUGAGCAAUGAGAUAGCAAUAGCCCUUUUCUACCAUUGAGGCUUCUCUGUCUACUUUUUGCUGUAGGAAUGAAAUGCAUGAGAGCGGGAUAUGGUAUUAAUGGAGUAUUUCGGCGGGGCAGGCAACGGCAUAGAAUACAUGAACUAAUGUAAUGGAUGCUUGAUCUGGUUGCGGAACGAGUAAUGAACCAUACGCAAACCAAGCGCUGGGACGCGUCAAAUUUACCUAGUAUUAUAUGACUAGAGAGAUAAAUAUGGACAUAUAUAUUCUUACCUCUUA